AGAGGCAUUUCCUCUGACGUCACAGCCGCUCAUUUCCCAUUGAAAGAAAAAAAACAGUCAGAUGAUCGAAGACAAGCUGAGGAGACAGACAGAUCAUGUUGUGUGUGUGUGUGUGUGUGUUGAUGUUCUCAGGUCUCGUCCUCACCGGACCGACUGACCAACACUCAAAUAAACAGACAAUGAAGCUGGACCCUGAAGUACACAUGAACAUCACAGAGAUCAUCAGACGAUGGGGGUACCCCGCAGAGGAACACGAGGUUCUGACAGAGGACGGGUACAUCCUGACGGUCAACAGGAUCCCACAGGGACUCAAACACACUCCAGGUCCGAGGCCCGUGGUGCUGCUCCAGCACGGCCUCCUGGCUGCAGCCAGUAACUGGAUCACCAACCCGCCCAACUCCAGCCUGGGCUACGUGCUAGCCGAUGCCGGCUACGACGUUUGGAUGGGAAACAGUCGAGGAAACACCUGGUCCAGGAAACACCGGACCCUCAACCCAGACCAGGAAGACUUCUGGAGGUUCAGUUAUGAUGAGUUGGCUCUGAAGGAUCUGCCAGCUGUGAUAAACCACAUCCUGAAGGUGACGGGUCAGGAACAGAUCUAUUACAUCGGACACUCUCAGGGAACCACUAUAGCAUUCAUAGCGUUCUCUACACUGCCAGAACUAGCAAAUAAGAUCAAGCUGUUCUUUGGUUUGGCUCCCGUGGCAACCGUCGCGUUCACAGCGAGUCCCAUGACCAAACUGUCUGUCCUGCCCGAGUUCCUCGUGUGGGACCUGUUUGGUAGGCGGGACUUCCUGCCUCAGAAUUACAUGAUUGAGUGGUUUGCAGAACACGUGUGUGCGAAGCAGCUGCUCAGCGAGCUCUGUGGAAACUUGUUCUUCGUCCUCUGCGGCUUCGACGAGAAAAAUCUAAACAUGACUCGGACUCCAGUCUACACCACACACUGUCCUGCUGGAACCUCAGUCCAGAACAUGGUCCACUGGGCCCAGGCGGUUCAUGGGGGGAAACUGAUGGCCUUUGACUUUGGAGCUUCAGGAAACAUGAAACACUACAACCAGUCCACCCCCCCUCAGUACCACAUCCAGGACAUGAAGGUUCCCACCGCUCUGUUCUCAGGGGGACAGGAUACGCUGGCGGACCCCAAAGAUGUGGCUGUCCUCCUCACUCAGGUGUCUAACCUGGUCUUCCAUCAGCACAUUGAGCAUUGGGAACAUUUGGAUUUUAUUUGGGGCCUCGACGCUCCAGAGAUCAUGUUUCCCUCCAUCCUAAAACUGCUGCAGGAACACUAGGGGAAGACACACACACACACACACACACGGACGCUCUGUACUAGUCAGGUACUGUAGAAGUUGUGUAACUGUGUACACGUGGAACAAUAAGUUCUAACUGAAAGACAACUGAUUACUGAUGAAGAGGAUGAUGAGGGUUAGAUUACCGACUGUGACUCUAUAAUAAUCUGGGACAUGUUCUAAUCUGUAACAUGUUUUAAUCUGUGACACGUUUUAAUCUGUGACACGUUUUAAUCUGUCAAAUUUUAAUCUGUGACACGUUUUAAUCUGUGACACGUUUUAAUCUGUGACACGCUUUAAUCUGUAACAUGUUUUAAUCUGUAACAUGUUUUAAUCUGUAACACGUUUUAAUCUGUGACACGUUUUAAUCUGUGACACGUUUUAAUCUGUGACACGUUUUAAUCUGUGACAUGUUUUAAUCUGAGACACAUUUUAAUCUGUGACACGUUUUAAUCUGUAACACGUUUUAAUGUGUGACACGUUUUAAUCUGUGACAUGUUUUAAUCUGUAACACGUUUUAAUCUGUAACAUGUUUUAAUCUGUAACAUGUUUUAAUCUGUGACACGUUUUAAUCUGUAACACGUUUUAAUCUGUGACACGUUUUAAUCUGUGACAUGUUUUUAUUUGUAACGUUUUAAUCUGUGACAUGUUUUAAUCUGUAACAUAUUUUAAUCUGUGACAUGUUUUAAUCUGUGACAUGUUUUUAUUUGUAACAUGUUUUAAUCUGAGACACAUUUUUAUCUGUAACAUGUUUUAAUCUGUGACAUAUUUUAAUCUGUAUUAAUGACUCAAACACUUCACACUCAUUUGUGAAAUAAAGGAAAGUUUAUUUUGAAA